CCUGACGGAUCCCAGCGGUCGACCUCCCAGAGCGGCAUGCCGCUCUGAGGCGCGGUGGAUCCCGCGGCGCCAUGAACCUCCUGCCCUGCAACCCGCACGGCAACGGGCUGCUCUACACCGGCUUCAACCAGGACCAUGGAUGCUUUGCGUGUGGGAUGGAAAAUGGAUUCCGAGUCUAUAACACCGAUCCACUGAAGGAAAAGGAGAAGCAAGAAUUUCUAGAAGGAGGAGUUGGCCAUAUUGAAAUGUUGUUUCGCUGCAACUACUUAGCUUUAGUUGGUGGUGGGAAAAAGCCAAAAUACCCUCCGAACAAAGUGAUGAUUUGGGUUGACCUGAAGAAGAAAACUGUGAUUGAAAUAGAAUUUUCUACUGAACUCAAGGCUGCCAAAUUACGGCGAGAUAGAAUUGUGGUUGUUUUGGACUCUAUGAUCAAAGUCUUUACAUUCACACAUAAUCCCCAUCAGUUACACGUCUUUGAAACCUGCUAUAACCCUAAAGGUCUCUGUGUCCUGUGCCCCAACAGUAACAACUCGCUCCUGGCCUUCCCGGGCACGCACACGGGCCACGUGCAGCUUGUGGACCUGGCCGGCACCGAGAAGCCACCGGUGGACAUUCCUGCCCACGAGGGCGUCCUGAGCUGCAUUGCUCUCAAUCUGCAGGGAACAAGACUUGCGACCGCCUCUGAGAAAGGGACCCUUAUACGAAUACUUGAUACUUCAUCAGGGCAUUUAAUCCAGGAACUACGAAGAGGAUCUCAAGCAGCUAAUAUUUAUUGCAUUAACUUCAAUCAGGGCGCUUCCCUCAUCUGUGUGUCCAGUGACCACGGCACGGUGCACAUUUUUGCAGCCGAAGAUCCGAAAAGGAAUAAACAAUCAAGUUUGGCAUCGGCCAGUUUCCUUCCAAAAUACUUCAGUUCCAAGUGGAGUUUCUCCAAGUUUCAAGUCCCCUCAGGCUCUCCAUGCAUUUGUGCCUUUGGAACAGAGCCAAACGCUGUCAUUGCGAUCUGUGCGGACGGCAGCUACUACAAGUUCCUGUUCAACCCCAAGGGAGAGUGCGUCCGGGACGUGUAUGCGCAGUUCCUGGAGAUGACGAACGACAAGCUUUGACCCUUCACCGGGAGCACGAGCACCGCGGCCCCUGGGCGCCCAGCGGCCCCUCCAGCUCCUGGGGCUGGUGACGAUGGGCCGGAGGGACGGCCCGGGACCUUGUCGUGAAGCCACUCAUGGCUGUUUUCCGAAGCCAGGCCUCCUGAGUCCAAUGUUAAAGGAAGAAUCAAUGGGGCACGGGGACACUCCCACCUGACCGCCAGCUCCACCAUCCGCUUCAGUGGUUCUGCCGCAUCCUCCACCUGCAGCCAGGGCUCCGGACAAACUGGGGGCACGUUGAGAAAAGGAGGGACAACGUGAAAUUCAUUUGUGGCGCCAGAUUCCAUCCUUUUUGCUGAGUUUGUGAUGGAGAGGUGAACACACGUGCAAUCUUGGUUCUUUCUCACCAUAUAUAAGUGGGAUUAUCACACCGGCAGCCUUAGGAGGAGGAGGAGGGAGGAAGCCCUUCUCCCGUCUAAACUGAACAAAGUUUAGAGUUCACAGGCUUGGUGUCUCCCUCAGGAGCCACAUGUCACAUGUCCCCCUCUUGUUGGCGCCAUUGGAGUUGAGGCAGCGCCAGGCCUACCCGGUGAACCGCACCUGUGGCCUCCUGGCAACACUCUGGGUCAAAGGGAGUUCCCCUUUACUCAUAGGGAA